CGUAAAAUAAAACAGAUGCCACCGCAGCGCCUCGGAGCAGGUAGCCGACCCGGAGGACGCUGACAAAAGAAGGUUAAAUAAAAAUUAAUAAAUCAGCCAAAGCUGAGCGAAGUUCGGCGCAGUCGAAGACGAACAAGACGGGACCAUAAACGGAUAAACUAGGCGACCCUAGUUAGGCUYUUAAGCUAGUUAGCUCCAGUUUUAGUUAGCCCAGCGCUCGGAGAACUUGCCAGGGCAGCGUUUCUCAGACACAAAGGGUGGCAGACAUUGCUAUGGCCCAGGAGACCAAUCAGAGCCCGGCUCCUAUGCUCUGUGCCAACGGCUGCGGUUUCUAUGGCAACCCCAGGACUAACGGCAUGUGCUCGGUGUGCCACAAGGAGCACCUGUCGAGACAGAACAACGGCGUGGCUUCUUUAAGCGCCAUGGCCUCCGGCGGCUCRGCAGCCGAGGACUCGGCCAUCCAGAGGCUGGAAGCCACCCUGAACAACGCCGCGGCCGCCGCCGUGGCAGCCGCGGAGGAGGCGGCUGACGCCGACGCCGUCACAGAAGCCCUCAGUGGGAUCUCAGCUGCCUCCUCAGUAACAAAACAGAUGACAGAAAUGAGUCUGUCUGAGGGGAAAUUAGCAUCAGAGAGCAAAGCAGAAGUCACAGAUCCAGUGGUGAGUCAGCCCAUCGUCUCUGUUUCCCAACCCUCCACUGCUGGCAGUGAAGACGUCAAACCCCCAGAGCCCCCCAAACCCAAGAAGAACCGCUGCUUCAUGUGCCGUAAAAAGAUCGGCCUCACAGGCUUUGAUUGUCGCUGUGGGAACCUGUUCUGCGGGAUCCACCGGUACUCAGACAAGCACAACUGUCCGUACGACUACAGGGCCGACGCCGCCGCCAAGAUCCGCAAAGAGAACCCUAUGGUGGUGGCRGAGAAGAUCCAGAGAAUAUGAAAAGAACUCUGCCUGACUUUCACAUCAGGAGCAAUGAGGUGGAGCUGAGCCCAGCCUUCAGCCUGAAGGUUUCUUUUAGUUUUCUUCCGUUACCGCAUUCAGGUGGAUCCUCCCGGUGAGACUUUGGGUUGUUUUGAACAGAGAAGUUGUCGGUGUGCUGAUGUUUGGGUGUGYCGCUGCACGCUCUGCUUCUGUGAUUUCUCUGAACUCUGCUCGGAUGUUUGGACUCGACUGUUUGUGCUUGCUCUCUGCUGGCUUGAGUAGCAAAAUGGAAUUUUUUUUUUUUUGCCAGUUUCUGGCCUCCGGACGUCGGCGUUGAACCCUCCUGCUUUGUUAGGAUUUUAGAGGUUUUGUUUUUGUUUGAUCCUGUGUUAUAAUUUUUUUUUGCUGUGUCCUGAUCUGAACGGCAUCUGUGUGGAUUUUUGUUUUUUCUUUAACUCCCUGCCGUCCACUGAAGUCACAUGAAGAUUCYGGCUCCUGACUUUUUAUUUUCCGAAGCGUAAUCAGCUCCAGAACACUAGUGCCGUUUGGACUCGUAGCUUCUCGAAGGGUUAAACUUUCUUUUCUUCUCACUCUGCUGUUAAAUGUUUUCCUUUAGAUUUCUUUUAUCUGAUGCCAGUUGAAGUUGGGAAUGACUGAAAACAGAAAAAGCUGAAGUGAUUGUGUUUGUUGUAGGUUUUUAAAUUCUGGGUUUUGCUGCCUUUUUUUAACCCCUUCAGUUAAACAAGUUUGUAAAAUUCUUUGUAUUUAAAUUCUGCAGUGUGUGUAAUCUUCUGACAUUAAAUUGUAUGAUGUAAAUAAAUUAUGUUCACAAAUAUA